AUAAGGCGUCUUGCUUCCCUCAUCGUCGUCUCGGAGCCUUGGUUUCCCGCGAAACCCGAUUCUUACUAGCAGUUCCGGACGAAUUACCGCCCAUCCAUGGAAUCACUUCGAGCUUCCAAAGAGGCCGAUUGAAAUCCUCGUUUCAGAGUAGCCAUCGCGGGACAUGAACAACGAUCGAUGCGUAAUAUGAAGAAAAAAGAGAAGAAGAGUGCAUACGAAUACUGCCUCGUCUGCAAACUAAACCACGAUCAAGGGCAGCGCCAUAAGUAUUUUCCCAACCACAAAAAAUCUCUUUCUGCUUUUCUAUCUCGGUUCGAGAUCAAGCUGUCCGACGUUCGCUUCUUUCUCAACACCCCUUUUCGCCUCACGCCCGAGUAUGCUUCUCACAAUCGGUUCUGGUGCAUCUUUUGCAAUGUUGAAGUCGAUGAGAAUGAUAGUUCGUUCGCAUGUAGCAAUGCAAUUAAACACCUGGCCAGUGCGGAUCAUCUGAAGAAUUUGAAGCAUUUCUUAUGGAAGUAUGGUGGUGAUAUGGAACGUUUGAAUAAUUACAGAAUUUUAGAAGCUGAUGAAGCUAAGUGGGAGAAUAAGUGCAAAGUACAAAGCGUAGCUGCUUCGUCCAGUCUUGGACCUGCAAAUGAUAUCCACAAUCAAGUCCAAUAUGGAAAAUUUGAUAAUUUUGGGAAUAAUAAUAUCCACUCUGUUGAAUCUAGUUCGUCAAUUAGUGUUUUGCCUUUACAAAGUUAUACAAAUGAGUAUCAGGUAUCCAAUUCAUCCUAUUCAGGAUCCUCUGAUGUUUCGAAUUUGGUCUCAUUGCCACACAAUACCACUUCUUCUUUGCAUGCUGGUUCAUGUUCUGGUGCACAUGUAUGGAGCCCAAAGAAUUUACCAUUGAACAAGGACAACAAGCAUUACCAUCUGAAUAGUGGUAGAACGUGUACUGCUAAUGGUCAUUUUAGUGGUCAGGGGAUGUCCGGGAUGCAUCAGAGUGAAAGAAUUUUGAAUGAAGAAAGCCAUCCUGAGGGUUUUCAGACCCUCACUCGGAUUUCUAAUAUUGUUUCUGGAGAUUCCGGAGGAAAUGUUCAGUCUGGGAUGUUGCCUCCUUGGCUUGAAAACCAUGAAGAUAGUGGGUUUAAGGUUCAAAUAAGACCAGUGGUUGGGGGUGGCGUUUCUUCCUUGAAUGAAUCUGCAAAGUCCAAGAAACUGAACCCCAAGCGGGUAGGAGCUGCAUGGGCUGAAAAAAGAAAGUUGGAGAUGGAAAUGGAGAAGAGAGGAGAAAUUGUCCAAAGCUAUCGUGACGAGAAUUGGCUUCCUAAUUUUGGUAGGGUUUGGCAAUCUGGUAGCCGUAAAGAAUCUAGAAAAGAAUUUGAGAAGGAGAAAUCAAAAUUCCUGAUGGUUGAAAAUCCAACUGAACCAAAUGUCAAUAUUCAGCCAUACAUUAGCAAACGGAUGUGGCCAAGCAGCUGUUCCAUCUCUUUUCCCGUAGCUGCCAAGAAAGGUUCACAGGGACUGAUUACAUGUAUGUUUCUCUGUACCUUCAUCUCAGAACAAAAAGUUUCCCUUUAGAGGAAAUCAAGUUUUCAUCACAAAGGAACUCCCAAGAAUACCACUUUUCGAUCAUACGAUCUAUAUCAUGUACAACUACAUCAGUGGUGUUCCCUUCUCUUGCUAUGAUAGCAGCACUGUAAAUUGUUGCCAUUCUUCCUGGUGCCAGAGGACUAUCUCCUCUCGGUCCGUCCACGACUACCACAUCCCAUUUUACUUCAUAAACUUCUCUUGGAAGAUCUGUCAACGCAAGUUGGCAUCUGGAUGAAUUCCUGAGGCCCGAGUUUGGUGCACAUGAUUUGUUUCCUCUGGCAUGUUUUAACAACUUGUAAGCUUUUUCUGCAUGAAGCUUGUAAUCAACUUUGUACAUCCGGGUGUGAUUUGAAUUGACUUUGAAUAUGCUCAGUUUGUAGGGAUCGUCCUCCAGAAAAACAUUCUUUCCACCAGGAUUGACUGCUGAGAGGUUAAGGUACUGUGAUUCUAUCCCAAAGAAAAGGAGAUUGCAGGGUACUUUUUUGGCAAUCAGAUUUGAAAGAAGCUUGAAUUCUUUCUCUGAAAUGGUAGCUUCAUUUGCAGAGGUUCUACUGUGAUUUCUUGAGAACCCUGAUAUUGGGCGUUGAAGCUUUGGAGGCAAUGCAAUUGCUAGAAUUGGAGAAGUAUAAGAUGUGGUAAGUGCAAUCCUAACAAGUCUGAAAAUACAAAGACUAGACAGAAUCAACACGAGAACAGGUAGGAUUUUGUUUCUUGUAGAACUCAUGCCUUUGAUUCCUCUACUGAUUUUGAAGUUUACUGAUGGAUAUGGGUGCUGUGAGGGUGGUAAGACAGAGGGGGGAGAAAAGAAUGAUUCUGAUGGCACGAGUGAGGGCCAAUCUGUCACUUCUGGAGGCAUUUUCUUUUACUGUUGUUCGAUUUCAACCGCAUCAGAGCCACCAUCUUAUUCUUAUUGGAGGGGCACUGGUGGUGGGGUGUUGCUGGGUGCAAGUUGUUAUGCCUAAUCACCCUCUUGAGUGUGGAAUAAGAAAUGCUUUUGCU